CCCACCCCCACCCCAUCCCCACCCCCACCGCGCGGCGCCCGAGAACCCAGACCAGACCCCUCUCCUCACCUUCCUUCCUUCCUUCCUUCCCAUCGCAAUCGCAAGGCCCCGGCUCCGGCUUCGUCGCGGCGAGGAGGGAGGGGGUUCCGCCGUGGACCGCGCGGCACUUGGAUGAGAAGGGCGGGCGGCGGCGGCGGAGGAGGAGGAGGAGGAGGAUGCGGAAGGCGUACAGGGACUCCAUCAAGGUGCUCGAAGCUGACAUCCAGCACGCCAACACCCUGGCCUCCGAGUUUCCCCGGGACUAUGACGGUGCGUGUCUGCAGAUGCGGCUGUCGUACAGUCCCGCAGCUCAUAUAUUCCUCUUCCUGGUGCAGUGGACAGACUGCAGCCUCGCCGGGGCGCUUGGUCUGCUGAGAAUCCUCAUAUACAAGGUUUAUGUGGAUGGCACGACAACCAUGUCGACUCAUGAGAGGAAAGCAAGUAUCAAAGAAUUCUAUGCUGUGAUAUUUCCUUCUUUGCUGCAACUGCAAAGGGGGAUCACUGAUGUGGAGGACAAGAAGCAGAAGGCCGUGUGCAUGGAGAGGUACACAAAGAAAGAUGAGGACGAACGGGGCUCCUUAUCUGAUAUUGAUGUCGAGAGGGAAGAGGAGUGUGGGAUUUGCAUGGAGAUGAACAGCAAAGUUGUGCUGCCCAACUGCACCCAUGCUAUGUGCCUCAGAUGUUACCAAGACUGGAGUUCAAGAUCGCAGUCCUGCCCAUUCUGCCGCGACAACCUGAAGAAGACCUGUCCUGGUGACUUGUGGAUCUAUGUCGAGGACCAAGAUGUGGUUGACAUGGAGACAGUGUCAAGCGAGAACCUCAGACGGCUGUUCAUGUACAUAAGCAAGCUGCCUCUGAUUGUCCCAGACGUCAUUUUCAGUGUUUAUGAUUCCCACAUAAAAUGACCGCGAUGCCUUCUCUCUGAAGACCUUCAGCCAGUGCUCAGUGCCCAGUUUCAGUUAAUCUUAUGCCCCCAUCAUGUUCUCCAUUUUCAUGCUUUACUCAAGCUUUUGGAAGUGCCUGAACUGAUUUGGAACCGCAAGCCUUCCGUUGGUGCUUUAGAAACUUAUUUAGUGCCUGCAUGCAUCCUUGAUCAUAUGCAGCCACUCUGUACAUAUCUGACUUGGCUCAGUUAAUAGAGAACUCUGUGCUUGCCCCAAAUGGAGGCAGGGCUGUUUGUGUCUGUC